UCCAGUGUACCGACAGCCGCCGACGGUAACGGAUCGGUUCUCCUCCACGCAGCGCAUUGCGAUCCAUCCCCGAUCUUGCUCCGAACACUGGGCCAAAACACACAACAGAAAAAAAAACCCCCCCGUCAUCGUUGGCACACCUACAACAAGUGAUCGGCACAGAUCGAUAGGUCUCAUAAUUAGCGAAAUUAAGGAGGGAAAGCGCGCGGUCAGCCAUUAGUGCUAUUUUGUGUCACAGUUUUUUAAAACACUUGUAAUAUUCAGUAGCUUUUGCGUCAGCGUCACGCUUAUCCGUCCAUCUUCGUUUCGGUUACUCGAUCAAACGUUGGAAAGUGAAGCGAAAUCAGGCUCCUCUUUUGCAUAAAAUCUCAACUGAUAAAAAGGUGACUGAUCGCGAUCGUGGCGUCCGGGACAGAGUGGGAAGUGUGAGUGCGAGAUUUGUGUUUGGCAUAUAGAAAGAUUAUAAAACAGUAAAGCCACAACCUCCGGUACCUACCGUGACAGUUAAAGUGGACGGUAAGUCGGGUGCGUUCGUUGCACUCCAGGCCCCAGCCGUCUGGCCGGCUAAAAGAUUUACGGUGCGCGCGGUUGUAAUUCCAUUACACACUUACAUCCGAUCAUCGGCAGGGCGCAAGGGAGCGAGACAACUGUCUGCGCGUUAUGCGAUAAUAACGGUGUGCGAGAAAAAGGGCAGUCAUCCAGAAAGGCCGCAUCGCUGAGAUCAGCCCAGCCCGCCGGUAUUCCGGUCUUCCUCGAGUCGAGGCUGCAUUUGGCGUGGAAAAGCGGUGCAUUACUUUUUUGUUUCCGAUUGCAGCAAACGGUGCACGUGGUGACGCGAGUGAGAAAUGGUUUCGACGCGCUUCGAAGUCAACAGUCCGCCGCCGGUGCGAUAUCCGCGGUCCAUAUUUUUCAUCAUCAGCAAUGAGUUCAGCGAAAGAUUCAACUACUAUGGAAUGCGAACCGUGCUCGCCCUCUAUCUUACGCAGAAGCUCGCGUACAGCACGGAUACGGCCACCGUGAUCUACCACGUGUUUACCAGUUUGGCGUACUUUUUCCCCCUGAUGGGAGCAAUCCUGGCCGACAGCUGGCUCGGGAAGUUCAAGACCAUCCUUUACCUGUCGAUUGUUUACUGCGCCGGAAGUACACUGAUCGCACUCGGUGCCAUCCCACCCCUGAACCUGCCCGCACCUUCCAUGACCGUUCUGGGACUGCUGUUUAUCGCGGUCGGCUCGGGUGGUAUCAAACCGUGUGUGUCGGCCUUCGGAGGGGACCAGUUUAAGCUACCCGAACAGGCUGCCCAGCUGGCCAAGUUCUUCUCGCUGUUCUACUUCGCGAUCAACGCCGGUUCGCUCAUCUCGACCACACUUACGCCGAUCCUGCGCGAGGAUGUGCACUGCUUCGGCGAUGUCAGUUGCUUCCCGCUGGCGUUCGGUGUGCCGGCCGUGUUGAUGAUCCUCUCGAUCGUGAUUUUUGUGUGCGGACGGACGAUGUACACGAUCCGCAAGCCGUCCGGCAACAUGAUCGUGCUGGUGUUCAAGUGCAUCGGCAACGCGCUGUCGGUGCGAGCAAAGGAGAGCACCGUCAGCCCCCGGGAGCACUGGCUGGAUUACGCCGAGUCGAAGUACGGCAAGGGCGUCGUUUCGGACAUCAAGUCGCUGAUGAAGAUCCUGGUGUUGUACAUUCCGCUGCCCGUGUUUUGGGCGCUGUUCGACCAGCAGGGCUCCCGGUGGACGUUCCAGGCGACGCGCAUGGACGGUGCUGUCGGUGGCUACACGAUCAAACCGGACCAGAUGCAGGUGAUCAAUCCGCUGCUCAUCCUGGCCUUCAUUCCCGUGUUCGAGAGCUGCGUCUAUCCGAUGCUGGCGAAAAUUGGCAUCAAGCGUCCGCUACAGAAACUAUCCUUCGGUGGUAUCCUGGCCGGGGCCGCUUUCGUCCUGUCCGGAUUCGUGGAAAUCGCACUUGAUCGCACCAACGCCGUCCUUCCGGCCGCCCACGAGGCACAGCUUCGCGUGUUCAAUGGGUUGCCGUGCGACUAUCGCUUCCACACCGACGUGCCCAAUCUGGCCAGCUUUAGCGUUCCGUCCCGCGGGGUUUUUGAGGCACUGCACGUUGACGUGGCGGCCAACACGACGUUCCAGUUUCGGGCGGAAACGAGUGAAAUCGCUUGCGUGCGCGAGAAUAUGACCGAGUUGAGUGGCACGUUCUACCUCAGUCCGGCCGGUGCGGUCAGUUACUUUUUGAGCCGCAAGGGGGGAAAGAUUAACCUUGUGGAGUAUGCCGAUACGGCGGAGAAAGAUCGAAAUGGGCUACCGAAGCUGCGGCUGCUAGCGAAUGUGAUGACGACGAAAGAGGUUUCAUUACGCCACAGCCGAAACACGGAUGCCGUGUACAACAUCCUGCUCAACCAAUAUGAACAGCUGGUCGUUGCCGAGGGAGAGUACGGUUUAUUUAUUGGCGAGCGUCACGUUGGGACCGUAAAGAUGAGCCCGGGCGGAGUGUACACGUUGCUGCUAGAUGAAGUUUUGGAGAACGAAUUUAAUCUUCAAACACACAUCAUUACCCCGUCCAACUCAGUCCACAUGCUCUGGCUGGUGCCACAGUACGUCGUCAUCACGGCCGGCGAGGUGAUGUUCUCCAUCACGGGGCUCGAGUUUUCCUACUCCCAGGCGCCCGCGAGCAUGAAAUCGGUCAUACAAGCUUUCUGGCUGCUGACGGUGGCCAUCGGCAACAUGCUGGUGGUGUUCAUCGCCGAGGCCAAGUUCGUGCAGUCGCAAUCGCUCGAAUUUUUCCUCUUCGCCGCCCUAAUGUUCCUCGAUAUGGGCCUCUUCAUGAUACUGGCCAUGCGCUAUCACUACUCGGAAAACGCCGAACCCGACUCGAUCGAGGUGGAAACGAACCCGAAAAAGGCGAACGAUCCCCUUGCGCUAUGCGACACGCUGUCGGAGCGGAGUGCCAAGAGUACCACCUACGCCAACGAAGCAUACCGGGAAGACUGAAAGGAUCGCGUUUCAAAUUGUGUCCGUUUUAUUUUUGUCUCGUACACCCUAACCUAAAGCUCUUUUGUGUCUACGUUGUGUGGAACGUAUGGUCAAAAAAGGUACUAAAUCGAUCUGUUGUGAGAUGUAUUAUUCGUUACGUCGUUUACCGGCGUUGUAAGUUAGUUUUAUAUAUUUUUGCUAAUAAAUAGAUUUCGUUAUACGUUUAUGAAA